CGAGAGAGAGAGACUUUCAAUUCGUUAAUCAGUUCCUUUGUUCUUGAUACUGUACUUUGGCUUUGUGUGGCUUCUGAGGUCCGACAAGGCUUCAGGCAGUAAAACACAAGAGAGAAACAUUGAGCAACUUCCUUAACUGGACCAUGAAGCUCAAGUUACUCUUCUCUCUGGUGGUGACUCUCAUGUUUUUGGGGAUCCUGCUGAUCUGGUACUUAGUCGACAACGAUGUGGACCAGCACUUCCCAGUCCCUCAGCAGAAAAGAGCCCCCAAGACCUUUAACCUCUGCAAAGGCUGCAAUAAUACGAUCAAUAAAAUAAUGCAGAAUUACUCUCAAGCCUGGAAGAAGCAGGAGGCCAAUCAUAAAAAAUUCAGAUCUCAGCUGAGCAGCAGGUGCAGUGGUUUUGACAAAGCCAUCAUUACCCAGGCCAACACUCCAGUGGGAUCCAAGUUCAGUUAUGGUGGGGGAAAGAGCAGCUACCUGGUGUCUCCGGAGGUUUUCAGAACUUUUACAAAGGAGCAUCCUUUCUUAAAUAAAACAUGGGACACGUGUGCUGUUGUUGGGAACGGAGGAAUCCUGACUGACAGCAGAUGUGGAGAGAGAAUUGAUUCAGCUCAGUUUGUCAUGAGGUGCAACCUUCCUCCUUUGGGAAAUAGUUAUGCGAAGCAUGUCGGUGUCAAAACGGACCUUGUGACAGCAAACCCAAGCAUCUUCAAGGAGAAGUAUGAGUCUCUGAUGAUGCGUCGUCGUCCGUUUGUGGAAAGUCUGCAUAUUUACAGCAGCUCCCUGCUACUCCUUCCUGCCUUGGCCUUUAGCCCAAACAUGUAUGUACCUUUAUGUAUUCGGGCCAUCUACAGUAUUGAGGACUUUGGAAGCCCCAUUAGGCCUGUCUUCUUUAACCCUGAGUACAUGCAAAAACUGACUGCCUUCUGGCGUGCAAAAGGCUUGCGAUCAGGGAGGCUGAGCACCGGGAUAAUUAUGGCUAGCAUAGCUUUGGAGGUCUGCGAAAAUGUGCAUCUGUAUGGGUUCUGGCCCUUCGAUAAUCACCCCUAUGGACUCUACGACCUGACGAACCACUACUAUGAUGACAGAAAAGUUAAAAGGUUCCACGCCAUGCCCACUGAGUUUGGGCUCUUGAUGGGGUUGCACAAACAGGGGGUGCUCAAGCUUCAUCUGGGAGAUUGUCAACAUUGAUGACUAUGAGUCAUAAUUGUAUGUAAGAGUUAUUAUUUGGGUCUGUGUUUUUUUUUUUUUUGGAUGUUUCUUGUUAGCGUCUGUCUUUGAGCUGGCAGCUCUCACACUUAUGUUUUUCUUCGCUCUUUAUUAGUGUGAGAGCUGGCAGCUCUUUGCUCUUUAUUUCUUUUAUUUAUUAUUAUUCCGCCUUUUUUUGGCUUGUAUCUCCUCCUAUACUAAUUGUGCUAUCAAUCAAUCAAACUUUAUUUCUAUAGCACUUUUCAUACAACAAACGUAUCCCAAAGUGCUUUACAUCAACAUAAAUCAAACAGCAACAACACGACUCCCUCCCCCACCCCUAUCCCACAUUUCAAAAACUAAGGUAAAAAUAACUAGAUAAGAACAGGUACUGAGGAAAUGCUAUUUUUAUAAAUAUUUUUAUUUAUUCUAAAUGAGGAAACACCGGAGGUUCAAAAUGUAAUAAAACAGAUGAAAUGCGAUUCAGUUAAAGGCUCUACUAAAUAGGUAGGUCCUGAGUUUGCUUUUAAAAAUGUUUACAUUGUGUUCUGCCCUCAGGUCUCCUGGUAAACUGUUCCACAGACGGGGGCCAUUGUAGUAAAAAGAUGCCUCACUGUAGGUUUUAGUUUGGACAUUUGGAACAAUUAAAAGACCACUACCAGAAGACCUGAGGGCUCUGGUGGGCUCAUAAGUUAAAAGCAAAUCGGAUAAAUAGGGGUGCGCAAGGUCAUUAAGAGCUUUAAAAACCAAUAAGAUAAUCUUAAAAUCAGUUCUAAAACAAAGGGGUAGCCAAUGCAGAGACUUUAAAAUCGAUGUAAUGUGUGCUCUCUUUCUGGUCUUCGUCAGCAGUCUUGCAGCUGAAUUUUGGAGAAGCUGCAACUAAGAAGUAUGCUUUUUCGGAAGACCAGAAAGAAGAGCAUUACAGUAAUCAAUUCUACAGGUGAUAAAAGCAUGAAUAAGUGUCUCUGCAUUGGCUUGAGAGAGAAACUGUCGGACUCUGGCAAUGUAAUUGAGGUGAUAAAAUGCCUUUUUUGUAACAUCCGAACUGAGAACUGAUAUGAGUUAGGAAGCUGAGGUUUUUGUCAAAUAUGACACCUAGAUUUUUGACCUGCUCACAGGGAUUUUGAGAAACUUUGAGAAAUGAGCCCUUCUUGCUUGUUUAAUUGCUUUGUUAUAAAUGCUCAUUUGCUCACGAAAAAUGUCAAAAUACAUUUUCAGUCUGUUUUUUCGCCAUCUUCUCUCUGCUAUUCGACAGUUUCUCUUCAAUUGAAUUAUGUCUUUGUUUCUCCAGGGAGGUGUUGGGUUUGUUGUAAUUUUUGUCAGUUUUAGUGGUGCCACUGUAUCAAGCGUUGACCUAAGUUUACUGUUAAAACUGUCUACCAUAGAAUCACAAGAGGAAGGUAAAAUGUUUGCGGGAAUUUCAAAUAGAAUAUCAUUAAAAUUUGUAGCCACUUCAGUUGUAA